CAGGAGCCGCGGAGCAGUGAGGCUCGACGGAGGGUUUUUCAUGCAGGUGCGGCUUUGAUCAGAGUGUCAAUGUUAACAGGUCGACGUAAUAAAGCGGGUCAAACCGACAUAUUCCAAAAGCCGCCAUCCUGCGCGCUGAUUGGCGCACGGCUGCUACGGACCAAUCGGCGGCCAGCCCGCAAAGAUCAAAGAGGAGACGAGCCUAUAAAUCCGCAACCUGACGUCCAGCGUCCCGGAGACAACUGCGUGUUUUUUUGUGCGGACACGACAACAGGAAUCAAGAAUCAGGAAUCAGGAAUCAGGAAUCAGGACACGGGUUGUUUUUUUGUUGUUGUUUUUGUUUUUCCAAUAAGAACCGCGAUUGGGUCAAUUCGGCCCUAGGAGGUCCUGGACAAGGAUGGCCACGGGCGCGAGCGAGUGUCCCGGGAAGGCCGGUCAGAAGCGGGUGGACCACCUCCUCAGCGCCGUGGAGAGCGAGCUGCAGGCCGGCAGCGAGAAGGGAGACCCCACGGAGAAGGGACUGAAGGUGUCCCUGGAUGACGACGAACUUUGGCGGACAUUUAAGGACCUUACAAAUGAGAUGAUAGUGACAAAGAACGGCAGGCGCAUGUUUCCGGUGCUGAAGGUAAACGUGUCUGGAUUGGACCCGAACGCCAUGUACUCUUUCUUGCUGGACUUCGUGUCUGGCGAUAAUCACAGGUGGAAAUACGUGAACGGGGAGUGGGUCCCCGGUGGGAAACCCGAGCCCCAAACCCCGAGCUGCGUGUACAUCCACCCGGACUCCCCGAACUUCGGGGCGCACUGGAUGAAAGCGCCGGUCUCCUUUAGUAAAGUCAAACUCACCAACAAGCUCAACGGAGCCGGUCAGAUAAUGUUAAAUUCAUUGCACAAGUACGAGCCACGUGUCCACGUGCUGCGGGUCGGAGGCCCGCGGAGGAUGAUCAGCAGCCACUCGUUCCCGGAGACACACUUCAUAGCAGUGACCGCAUACCAAAACGAAGAGAUAACUGCUCUCAAAAUAAAGCACAACCCUUUUGCUAAGGCCUUCCUGGAUGCGAAGGAGAGAAGUGAUCACAAAGACAUGAGGGAAGAUGCCGUUGAAAACCAGCAGUCGGCCUAUUCUCAAUGUGAGCACCGUCUGAUUUCGUGUCACAUUCUGGAAGCUAUUUACGUGGAGCGCUACUCGCCCCUGGGAAACCCCCGUUCCUCUCCAUACGCUGGCCCCUACGCCCCCCGCACCAAUUGGCCCGGACCCGUGAAACGUGCUCAACCAGUGCUUUUGUCCGGUGUUACAGUCAGUUACUCCGACAACUCGCCAGCCUGCCUGUCGAUGCUCUCGAGCCACGAGAGUUGGUCCAGUCUGCAGAUCCCGACACACUCCUGUAUGAUGGACACCUCUGCCACCUCCAGUCAGUACACCAGCCUGUGGUCGGUGAGCAACUCGCCCCUGACUCCCGUGUCCCAGAAUGGGGGGAUAAACACCAGCCUGAGCUCCCAGUUCCUCCGAGGGCCCAGCAGCCACUACCCGAGCCCGGGUCACUCAGCCGCAGCGCCCUCCUCUGGCUCUCCCAUGUACGAGCGCGCCGCUGCGACGGAAGUGCAGGACGCAGCUGAGUAUGACGCUGCCCUGCACGGGCGACUGCCUUUGGCCUGGACUCCUGCGACGCCCCCGUCCCUCUGAUGGAGACUCGGGGGAGAGACGGACACUAAAUAAUGACCGGAGGCUGUUUGAGCUGCUGCGAUUCAAAGGAAUAAUCAAUCAAGAGGGUUUUGUUUCACAGGCAAAAGAACGGUUUUGGUUUUGGGGGCCGAAUUUGUCCCCACGAUAAGAAAGCGACAUGCUUUGUUCUCAAUAAAUCAGCGAGUGUGUUUUAAACUCAAGGAUUUUUUUCUCCUUAAAUUUAGCUCAUGUUUUUGUUCGGCGUGGCGAACUUACAUAUUUUAAUGUUUGCAAAUCAAAAUACAUUUAACCUGCUUAUAUUAAGCAUAGCUUAAUGGAAAAACAUCAGUAAACAAUGUAUUGUCUAUAGUAAUUGAAGUUUACCAUGUAAAUAGGCAUUUGCUUAGUACCACAAUGAUGCAAUUGGAAAUAUUAUGUUGCCGAUUAUUUUUAAACGAAAUAAACAGGGGGAUAUAAUGUCAUUAUUCUGCUAUGCAGACAAUACAGACCUUUUCAUAUAUUACAACACAUGUAUCGGUCUCUUAAGUUUUUGAAGCCAGCUACAUGACAAUAAAAACUUGAAUGUACUUUGA